CUACUUCCGUGCUAGUGCUGACGCGACGCUAGCCUUUUCAAACCCGCUGUUACUACUACGUGUCAUUCCUCUUUCCUGUGAAGACCCCGGAGAGAUCGGCUCACCCCUCACAAACCAUGGCACCCAAAGGCAGCAGCAAGCAACAGUCCGAGGAAGACCUUCUCCUCCAGGACUUCAGCAGAAACCUGUCGGCCAAAUCGACUGCUCUCUUCUACGGCAAUGCGCUGAUCGUGUCCGCCAUACCCAUCUGGCUGUUCUGGAGGAUCUGGCAUAUGGACCUGGUCCAGUCUGCAGUGUUGUAUGCUGUGAUGACUUUGGUCAGCACAUACCUCGUUGCCUUUGCCUACAAAAACGUCAAAUUUGUCCUCAAACACAAGGUCGCCCAGAAGAGGGAGGACGCUGUUUCCAAGGAGGUGACGAGGAAGCUGUCUGAGGCUGACAACCGCAAGAUGUCCCGCAAGGAGAAGGAUGAGAGGAUCCUGUGGAAGAAGAACGAAGUGGCCGAUUACGAAGCCACAACCUUCUCCAUCUUCUACAACAACACCCUCUUCUUGGUGCUCGUCAUCGUCGCCUCCUUCUUCCUGCUCAAGAACUUCAACCCCACCGUUAACUACAUCCUGUCAAUCAGCGCCUCCUCCGGCCUGAUCGCUCUGCUGUCCACCGGAUCUAAGUAAACCAACUACCGAAGAACAAGAGCAAAUAAACAACUCUGGGGAGGGAGGGAGGGAGGGUGGAAUCAGUCCCAGGGGGAAGCAAGGAUAUUCAGUAUUCACAUUUAAAUUUGGUAGGGUUCGGUGGGCAGGUGGGGUAGAAAAAUACAUCACAUUUAAUCAUGAAAUCCAUUAUCAUCAAAUAUCUGGAGGCUGUCUCCAGGUUUGUCUGUCUGUUUUUUUGUACCAAUAAAAGUGGCCAAGUUUGAUCCUCAUCUUCUUCAACACUUUAUUAUUACACUUUAGGUGUGGGCCCCAUGGCAAAAAUAUCUCAGCACGAUUUCUUCAGGCAGUAUUGACAUCUCAUCGCGAUGUGGACUGAGAUUUCUCAACUUUGUGAUUCUUUUUUUUGUACAGUUGUGUACGAGUUUUAGAAUGAGCGAGGUUAUGUGUGAAAUGUGCCCCACACCUUGCCGUUAUGGUACAAGUGUCCGAGAAGCUAAAUCAUUACUCAAGAGUCACCAAAAAUAAACCGAUUGUAUGGUUUGAUUGGUCAAGUUUUCUGUGUUUAUUUUGGUACUGGGUAGUGCCUGAGAGUUUGGAGACAUCAAAGCAGAGAAGUAUUUUUUUUUAUACAGUUCCAUUAUUGCAUUGUAACUGUAGAUUAGAAAAAUAAAUGUGUAAAGUGUAUACUAACAAAUGGUACAAAAGGAAACCGGUUU